AUGGCCAGCCCCAACCCUCUCAACGUGUACAAGGGACAGGACUCGAUCCAGAAGUACUUCGAUCCAGAAUCAGCACCGCCACUACCGCUUGUUGAGAUUCCGGAGUCGCUUAAUCCAUAUCGCCAAGAUGGAGUGCGUAUCUAUGCCAAGAUGAUGACUAUGCAUCCUGCGAACAACGUCAAAGCGAUGCCCGCUCUGAACCUUCUUCAAAAUUGUGUAGUACCCGGCAAGACCAAGGCGGUGGUUGAAUACAGCUCAGGAUCGACUGUCCUGUCGAUGUCAUUGAUUUCACGAGCUAUUCAUGGUGUCGAUGACGUUCGAGCAUUCCUAAGUAACAAGACGAGCUCCACUAAGCUUAGGCUGAUGCAGUUCUUUGGUAUUGAUAUUACACUAUUCGGUGGCCCAUCCCAGCCAGAGCCACUUGACGAACGCGGUGGUAUCAGAGCAGCUCAGAGACUUGCACAAGAAUCAGAUGCAGCUGUCAUCAACCCAAACCAAUAUGAAAACGAUCUUAACUGGAAUGCCCAUGUCAAGUGGACGGGCCCGCAAAUCUAUAAGCAGUUACCGGAAAUCAACGUCAUCUGUGCUGGCAUGGGAACCUCAGGUACUAUGACUGGACUUGGCACAUACUUCAAAGACGCAAAGCCUACAGUAUAUCGACUUGGAGUUUGCACAGCUCCCGGUGACCGAGUCCCUGGCCCUCGAUCCUUCGCUCUUAUGGCCCCCGUCCAGUUCCCCUGGAAGCGGGCAGUCGAUCAUAUUGAAGAAGUCGACUCUCACAACUCUUUCUCCUUGUCUUUAGAUCUCUGCCGAAACGGCAUCGUCUGUGGGCCGUCUUCUGGUUUCAACCUUAAGGGUCUGUAUCAGCUUAUAGAGAAGCGCAAGACUGAAGGUACUCUCACAGAUCUGGCUGGACCAGAUGGAACUAUUAACUGUGUGUUCUUGUGCUGUGACCUACCAUACCAGUACAUCAAUGAGUACUUUGACAAACUUGGAGAGAGCUAUUUCCCCUCUAUCAAGAAUGAGGACCUUCUGAAAGUCGACUUGUAUCGAUACGACGAGAAGUGGGAAAGAUCAGCAUCAGAAGCCCUCGAUGCAUUCUUCGAUGUAGACCGAGGAGCACUACUCGACAUGGUUCUUGCCGACCCAAAGAUUGGAUCUGUCAACACCGUUGACUUACAGAGCAUUCUGAGAUCUAAACAGGACACUACAAUAAUCGAUCUACGCCAACCUGACGAUUUCAGCAUGUUCCAUCUACCAGGCGCGGUCAAUAUGCCUUUUGUACACGACGGCACCCCAAGUCCAUUCUCCGAUGCCAAGCUAUUGGAAUCACUAUGGAAGAACCUCGAAGGUGCUUUCAAGGCUCCCGGAGCAGAAGUACAAUCUCUUCUUAGCGGAAGAAGAGUUCUUCUCACAUGUUACGAUGGUGAUAGUGCUCGAGUUGCAACCAGCGUCUUGAGGGUCAAAGGAUACGAGGCAGAUAGUAUCAGAGGUGGAUUCCAAGCGCUGAACAAAAUGAGACAAAGCUCAAAUCAAACGCCAGUGGCUGGAUCCCGAGAAUCAUCGCCUUGGGUGGAUUUGAGUCAGGAGGCGCUGAGCGUUGGCGCAUCACAGUCUGCUCGCGUUUCGCUAUAG